GCCAGACUUGAAUUCGGGAGCAAGCCGAUAGAUAAGAGCUACUUAGUGGGAUUGUUUACAGCGAAUGGAAUAUUGAAUUGAACGUUUCUCCGAAAUAAAGAACAAAAGAGAUAAGGAAUAUCAGAAGAGGCUGUGCUAGAAAUUUAUACCGGUUUUGUUGAUGGUUUGAAUGCUUUAAGCUGUGGUUUACUAAUUGUUUCGACAUAUCGAGAUUUUGCGACGAAUUUGUUGGUGCUUGUUGGAUAUUUGAGUCACGAGAAUCAUGUGUGGUGGAACUGCAAUUGUUUGAUACGCAAAACGCUCCAACCAUGAGUGGGAGGCGGAAGCAGGAGUUUAACAUUGUGUUGCUAGGGGCAGUGGGAGUCGGAAAAUCAGCUCUGACAGUGAAGUUCAUCACCCGACGUUUUAUCAUGGAAUACGACCCAUCUAUAGAGGACAUUUACACAAAACAAGAGGACGUGGACGGACAAGAACUCAUUGUCAACAUAAUGGACACAUUUGAAAAGGACGACUCGAAUAGUGAUCGGUACUAUAGUUGGGCGGACGCAUACAUGAUCGUGUACGGUAUAACAGACCGGGACAGUUUCGCCACUGCGCGGGAUUAUCUGGUCAGGGUCACUGACUAUUUGAAGGCCACGGGGAAAGACUGUCCUGUCGCGCUCGUUGGAAAUAAGUCUGACCUUGAACGUUACAGGCAAAUCACGAAACUCGAAGGACAAGCACUCAGUUGUGACUUUGACGGACUAUUUUUUGAGUGUACAGCAGCGGAGGAAUACGAAUGUGUGGAGGACACAUUUCACGGACUAAUUUAUUCAAUACAAAAACACAGGGGAGACAAACACACAGUCUGUCCGCCACCUUUGUUUAUAUCAGAGGAAAGACUACAGUCGGGAUUGAAAACCAGACCACGUUCUCCAAGAAACGGUGCCGCCGACAAAAAGGACGAAAAAUCACCAAAUAAAAAGACUCCCACAAGCUUCAAGCUAUUCAAUAAAAGUUUUAAGAUUUUUAAUUGAUUUAAUAUUUGAAUAUUUGUUUUAACAUUGUGUUUAGUGUCAGGUAUAAAUUAAUGAGAAUUCUAGAACUCCUGGGGCCAUGAUAACGAACAGUCUUAAGUCCUAGUCUAGACUAAGACUCCGAACGCAUUCUUAUGAAGGAACACAAACUCAUCUUUGUUGCAUGGUUUUACAAAAGAACAUAGUGUAAAUAGCUGUAAAACAUUCAAAUAGUAGUAUAAUACAGCAAAAAUCACCAUCAAUGCUUUUCUAGAAGGAAAGAUACAAUGCAGAUUUGCUAUUUUGAGUCUUGAUUUUGAACUCAGGCAUUUGUUAUCACGGCCCCAGAUUUCUUCAGUCGAAUGCAACUGUAUUGAUUGUUGUUUGGGUUAUAACAUUAAACGUGUUUGUUUCAAUAUAACAAUUUUAUUUUCCAGAUAUUCAACAAUUUGAGAUAAUCAAAUAAUUUACGGUGACAUUAAUACACGAAUAUUAGGCAAAAUAUAUGUUUUAUGCACCACACGUUGUAAUUUCGACAUAACGAAGAAGGAAGUUUUGAACCUUAUAUACUACAUCUCGCUUAUGUCAUUGGAACGUGUUAUCAAAUUAUUCGUUAAGGAAGUGCGGCAUUGGAACGCAAUAUGCCGCACUUUGAUUAUUCGUAGACAAAAGUUUUUUUGUUUAACUUGUGCCUCAAAUUAGUGCAUUCGUGUCUAAUCAGCAAUGUACUCCAGACGUUGUGCUGUUCAGUACAAGAACACUGGCUGUUGAUUGGCUAUUGUGUUUUUGGCAUUUAAAAUACAGACAUCAUUUAUUAAGUGAUAUUUUUUUCCCUUUUUUCGUUUAAGAUCUUGUAAACUCAAAGUAGAAACACUAUAUAUGUCUACUUUGUUAUGUCUGGUGCUGAGCAAAUAACAAAAAAACAAUACACUUUGAAUUGUUAAUGUAAUAUUUUAUCAUAAUAAAGUCUUUGUUAUAAUG